CCAUCUUCUGCUGGGACCAAAGGGGCCAUCUAAAGUGCCAUCAUGAGCACGGACGCGGAGAUGGAGGCCUAUGGGCCUGCAGCCAUCUACCUCCGGAAGCCAGAGAAGGAGAGGAUUGAGGCCCAGACUGCUCCAUUUGAUGCCAAGACAGCUUUCUUUGUGGCUGAUAAUGAUGAGAUGUACCUCAAGGGUAAACUAGUCAAAAGAGAGGGCGGCAAAGCCACGGUUGACACAGUUACAGGAAAGACUCUCACUGUAAAGGAGGAGGACAUCCAUCCCAUGAAUCCUCCAAAGUUUGACAAGAUUGAGGACAUGGCCAUGAUGACCCACCUCAACGAGCCUGCUGUGCUGUAUAACCUCAAAGAGCGUUUUGCAUCAUGGAUGAUCUACACCUACUCCGGCCUGUUCUGCGUCGUCGUGAAUCCCUACAAGUGGCUUCCUGUGUACGAUGCUCAGGUUGUUGGGGCAUACAGAGGCAAGAAGAGGAUUGAGGCUCCACCCCACAUCUUCUCCAUCUCUGACAAUGCCUAUCAGUUCAUGCUCACUGAUCGUGAGAACCAGUCUAUCCUCAUUACCGGAGAAUCUGGUGCAGGAAAAACUGUCAACACCAAGCGUGUCAUCCAGUACUUUGCAACAAUUGCAGUGGCUGGAGCUAAGAAAGCAGAAACAGGAAAAAUCCAGGGCUCCCUUGAGGACCAGAUUAUUGCAGCCAACCCUCUGCUGGAGGCCUAUGGUAAUGCCAAGACUGUGAGGAAUGACAACUCCUCUCGUUUCGGUAAAUUCAUCAGAAUUCACUUUGGAACCAGUGGCAAACUGGCCUCAGCAGAUAUUGAAACAUAUCUGCUGGAGAAGUCCCCUGAUGACUGGACACAAGCCUGA